UUUGCGUCAGUAUUAUGUGAAAGGCUAAAAGAUGCUGUCAGUUCUGGGUAAAAAAAAAAAAAAGUUUUUAAGACAGUUUAGGUGCUCAUUUUUUAUAAUUUUAUACCAAUGUCUUUUGUACUACCUGUUCAAUGGACAGUUUUUACUUAGGUUUUUAAUAAUAAACUGUUAUGUUGUAAAGAGAAACUUUCUUUGUUCUCUUUUGCCAUUUUUGUUCUUAGCAUCCAUCCAUCUAUUUCAGUCAUAACAUUUUACAAACUCCAAAACCUGAAACAAAAUUAAAAAAAAGCAAAACAAGUUUUUUUGAAAAGCACUAAAAUGCAAAUGUAUCAAUGAGACUCAUUGUGUCCAUAUGUGAUAAAGACUGAAAACUGUUAUUUUUUAUGUCUGUUGUUCACAGCUUUGACAAAGAUGGAAGUAGUAAUGUCGAAACAUGCCACGUGUUUAUUUCAGCAAUGUGAGAGUUUAAAAAUAAAAUAAACUUUAGUCUAAAGUGCAAAGUUUGGAUGCUGUUUUGGGAGACUUUUGCUUUUAACAUUGUUAAUUUUCUAUAGCUUAAAAUGUAUGAUGCUUAACCACAAAGUUUUCCAGUUGCAUAAAUUCACAUUUAGUCAAACACAUAAUCCUCAUUUCCAUUUAGUUGAUUUUUUUUUUGUAGUGUAGCUCAACGUAAAUGGGCUCGUUGAGAUUGUGCUAUUCUCAGUACGUUUUCCAUAAUUAUGUCACAUAGUCGUAGUGAACGUUUGGAUAAUUUGGAGUGUUGGAGACUGACCUGAAAACUGUCAGGUCAGUCUCCAACACUGAGGAUCAGAGACGGUGAUGUGUCUUCGUGCAUCUAAAACUUUGUCUUCCUGAAGCAGAGGAGAGGGGUGGGAGCCACGCUGAAUAAUGUAUUCAUGCUUGGGUAGUGUACUCACCACAGAGUGAAUAAUGGAUGAUCCCAUCACAGGUAACCUCACAGGCGCACACUUAUCUUUCUCUUACCGACACCCGUGUGUGAGCGUGUAUGUGUGUGAGCAAAUCAUGUGUGAAUAAAUGAAGGAAAUCAAGUACAGCAGUUUGAAUUUGUACCAAUUUAUUCUUAUUCUCUUUAAACUUUUAAUAGCUCUGGUGUCUUUUUUCCGUGUUUAAGUUAUUGCUCACAAUAACUUUGUGUCUGGUGAUUGUGAUACCGACGUCUAUCCAGAUAUUUUACAUCACUAUGAAGCUCCUCUUACAUAAAAGUCGGUGUGGUGUUUCAUGUCAAACCGUGCCUUACUAAAGUACCGUUUCCCCUUCAACCUUUUCACCUGUUCAUUCACUACAACCACAAACUUCAAGAACUUUAUUAGGAUUUCAUGUAAAAGACCAAAACAACAUUGUGAAUAACUGUAACGGGGAUCUGAAACCAUUUUUCUUCUUCUUACUUUUUGUUUUACAAGUAGAAAUUUGAGUUGCAGCUUCUGAGGUGUUUUCCUUGCAGGAUCGCCUUGCAUGUUUAUCCAUCCGUUUCCCCAUGAACUCUUACCAGCAUCCCUGUCUCUACCUCCAAGUUUCAAGGUCGCCAAUGUUUGCUCAGUUUGUUGUGUUUCUACCACACUGCGUUUUUCACGCAGGCCACAUGUUUGCCACUGUUGCAUAUUUUUUUAGUGCUCAAUAAAAAGUCGUCCAAUCGACAGAUAUUCUACCUGAGCUGUGGAUCUCUGCACCUCCUCCAAAGCUUCCUCUGAGCUGCACUGUUUUCAUUUUGUGAAGCUGAAUUGGAUAAAUUGGUAAAAUGCUCAAUGCAGGAUUUGUACUGAUGUUUGAAAUCUUUGAAGCUACUUGAAUUUCAAUUAGAUGUUUUCAAGGUUUGGAAAGUCCUUGAAAGUUCUUAAUAUUGAAACAGCACAGCUUUGUAACAAAGUACAUUUUAACGAUUUAUUAUAAGCCCAAAUUUACAGUUGAAACCAGAUAUUUGUAUUUAAUUUCUUUUCUCACCGUCUGAAGUUAAAUCAGACUAAACUUCCCCUGUUUUAGAUCAGUUAGAAUUACUGAAAUUAUUUAAUGUGACAAAUUUUUAUUAUUAUAUUUCAGUUUACCUUGUUCCUGCUGUAACAUGUAGAAUACUAUUACGAGACAUUGUUAAUAACAUAAUGUCAUAUAUUAAAUGAUAUGUAAUAAUGAAUUGGAACUGUUUUCUUUAAUUUGUUUGUGUUAUUUUAAUCUCCAAAGUAUGGUGCUGGAAAAGUAAAAAAAAACAACUUCAAAAUGCUUGAAUUUUGCUGUGGGAAAAGUGUUGAAGGUUGACAUGUUUAAUUAAAUUUUAUUUAUGGGUAAAAUAGUAUAAGCUACUGAAUACUGUUUUUAGAUUUGUAUAAUAAUUCACUGAAGUUUGUGGUUUUUGCAUGACGAAAAUGUUGCGAAGACUUUAUGAUAAAAUGCCACUUGGUGAGUUUUCUGAGGUUGUACCUGUAGCUUUCCUGCUCUUCAUUCAUCUACUCUCUGGUCACAGGCACAAGAUGUACUGACUGCAGGUUUGUGGGAAGGGGGAACUAUGUUCACAUGUAGCGAUCAGAUUCUGGCCUGGUGUCACAUUUCUGUGAGCGGGUGGCUGGAAUUUGAGAUCACGCUGUUGCGUCUGCCUGAUUGUCCAUUCUUUGUGAAGGAGUGCUAAAAUGUCAUUACACGCGACACAGAAGCAGCUUCUGGAAACACAGUUUUGAUCUCUGGCCUGAACAUCUCCGGAUCUCCAGACGGGACAGGAAGCGACCCAUUUAAGACCAUUACCGCAGCUGCCAUCGAUAUGCAAAGUGUUUUAGGUCGCCCAUUGGGGAGGCAUAUCCACUGACAGGCACAUUAUUACUCAUUGGCCACACUUCCGGAGAUUGUGUUUCAGGCGUUAGGGAGCUCCCGAGUCAUCCUCCAGGCGUUUAUGUCACUUGUGCGUGCUUCUGUAUCUGUCUGCCAUCGGAGGAGAGGCCGCUCACCUGCAGGGAGAGAGAGGACACUGAGGACCUGGAAGGGGUCUCUGCUGCAUGAGACGAACGGGAAACCGUGAACAUCAACUGCCAAAAGAUGUCACACCAAACUGGGAUUAUCGCUACAGCCGAGCUCAAACAGUUCUUGGCUCAAGCAAGAAGAGGUUCCAUCAGAAUAAUGAAGAUCAUAAUCAGCAAUGAGGAGCUGGUGUUGGAUUCGUUCAGAGAGCCGGUGCAGAGCUGGGACCAAGACUACGAUCAGUUUGUGCUUCCUCUUCUCACGCCUCAGGAGCCCUGCUACAUUCUUUACCGCCUGGAUUCCCAGAAUGCACAGGGAUACGAGUGGACAUUCAUCGCAUGGUCACCUGACCAGUCACCAGUGAGGCAGAAGAUGAUGUACGCUGCGACCCGUGCCACACUGAAGAAAGAGUUUGGAGGAGGUCACAUCAGAGACGAAAUGUUCGGCACAGUCGAGGACGAUCUGUGCUUUCAGGGAUACAUGCGCCACCGUUCCUCCUGCUCCUCUCCAGCUCCUCUGACAUCGGCCGAGCAGGAACUGCAACGAAUCAAAAUCACAGAGGAUAAAGUUGUCUGGGAUGAACGGAGAAGAAUUGGAACCCCAACGGCGCGAGCGAGGGUCACAAUGGAGUUUGGUUUAGACAAGAGAGCACAGACUCUUCAGGGUCUCGCGUUCCCUUUACAGGAAGAUGCCAAACGAGCUCUGCAGCAGCUCAAGCACAAACGCAUCAACUACAUCCAGCUGAGGCUGGAUGUAGAAAGAGAGACGAUCGAGCUGGUUCACACCAAACCCACAGAAACCCACGAGCUUCCCUUCAGGAUUCCCACAGACUCCCCACGAUAUCACUUCUUUGUCUUCAAGCAUUCCCAUCAAGACCAGCUGCAUGAGGCGCUGGUGUUCAUAUACUCGAUGCCUGGCUACACCUGUAGUAUCAAGGAGCGGAUGCUGUACUCCAGCUGUAAGAACCGGUUGCUGGACGAGGUGGAGCGAGACUACCAGCUGGAAGUCACCAAGAAGAUGGAAAUAGAUAGCGGCGACGGUCUGACAGAAGACUUCCUGUACGAGGAGGUGCACCCAAUGGAGCACACCCUGAAGCAGGCCUUCGCUAAGCCCCGAGGCCCAGGAGGGAAGAGGGGCAACAAGCGCCUCAUCAAGGAGACAGGAGAGAACGGGGAGGAAAAUUAGACAUUGCACCCAUUAAUCAUAUCCACAGAAAUUUAGAAAUGUUGAAGAAAUGAUCUGCUGUUUCACUACUAACCUUCAGGCCACUGAUUCUCUAUUUUUAUUUCAAUACAAAGUUUUUAAAGUGAAAUUGAAUGAAAUGUAGCUCUCAGAUACAUUUCCCUCCUCCCCAUCUGAAUCUUCUGCUGUCCACCAUUGAGUCAGUCAACACACAGCCAAGGUUUUUACACAUCAAACAUCUGAAACUGAAUAUUACUGCUAACUAUAUAUUUAACCCCAAUUUGGCCUGUUGUUAGUGUUGGUGCAGCAUAUUUGUGGAAAUUUGAAGGCCUUUAAAGAUGUACAGUACACUCAAUAGUUAUUGUUAACCGUGCAGGAAACCUUGCAGCAAAUUAAUCUUUUAUCUCAGUAGUAUGAGAAAACAAACAAACUUUAAUUUUAUUACAUUUAUUCAGUGGAGAAACACAGCUGGAUAUAACUAACCCCACACUGCUUGUGUAAAAUAAAUGUUAUGGAAGCAUAUUUUCUACUCAAUGUUUCAAGUUUAUUAGACAUGUAGGAACCUUUAAUCAGCAAUCAAUAACAUCCUGUAUUCCUUUGGUAUAAAUAUAUUGUAAAACAGAAGUAAAUUUUUCCUUAGUCUCUCUUCAAAACUACAAAGACACUAAAGCGUUUUUUUCUUAUCCUCUAAGUCAAAAUGUCGCCAUAAUUGUAGAUCUAAUUGGUUUUUAUAAUGUGCACCUGAUGUGAUCCCACUGUGACUGAUUUUUCAUUAUCUCUCCAA